AUGUCCUGCCCGUCCCCGCCGCCCCCGCCGCUGUGUCCAGCCGAGGUCACUCCCUCGCCGGGUUCCUCCUCGGCCGCCCCGUCUCGUUUCACGCUGUCCGAGCACCCAGCGGCCGCUCUGGCCACCAUGAACGAACUGAGGCUACAGGGCCAACUUUGCGAUGUCACCCUGCGGGUGCGCCACGGCUCGCUGGGCACGGAGCUGCGGGCUCACCGCGUGGUGUUGGCGGCCGCCAGCCCCGUUUUCCGAGCCAUGUUCACGGCCGGCCUGCGGGAACGCGCGCUGGCCGAGGUGCCCAUCGAGGGCGUGCACCCGCGGGCGAUGGAGCGCCUGGUGGAGUUCGCCUACACGGCGGCCGUGGCCGUGGGCGAGCGCUGCGUUCUGCAGCUCCUCCACGGGGCCCUCAUGUACCAGGUGGACGCCGUGGUCAGGGCGUGCUGCGCUUUUCUUGGGGGGCAACUGCACCCCAGCAACGCCAUCGGCAUCGCGGCGCUGGCCGAGCGCCUGGGCUGCCUGGAGCUGCAGGAAAAGGCCCGCGAGUACAUCUACAUGAACUUCGCUGAGGUCUCCAGGCAAGAAGAAUUCCUCUCCUUAUCCCACUGCCAGCUGGCCACUCUGCUGAGCCGUGACGAGCUCAACGUACGCUGCGAAUCCGAGGUGUUCCAGGCGUGCGUGGCGUGGGUUCAGCAGGACCGGGCGGCCCGAGCUCCGUUUUUACCGGCGCUGCUCCGCGCCGUGCGCUGCCACGCGCUCACGCCGCGCUUCCUGCGCGCCCAACUCCGCCGCCGCCGCGACCUGGGCAGAGACGCCCUGCGUUACCUGGCCAGGGUUUUUCGCGAUUUAGCCCUUCAUAAACCCUCCGGGGACCCGCCGGGUAGGACCCCCAAUGUGAGGCAGUUGAUUUACGCGGCCGGGGGUUACCUGAGGAGGUCGCUGAGCACGUUGGAGGCGUUCGAUCCCGUGCAGGGCUCGUGGGUGAGGUUGGCCGAGAUGGAGACGCCGCGCUCCGGCCUGGGGGGCUGCGCUGUCGGGGGCUUGUUCUACGCCGUGGGGGGCAGGAACAACUCGCCCGAGGGCAACACGGACUCGGCGGCCGUGGAUUGUUACAACCCCGUCAGCGGCAGGUGGUCGCCCUGCGCCCCCAUGAGCGUGCCCAGGAACAGGAUCGGGGUGGGAGUGAUCGACGGGCUCAUCUACGCCGUGGGAGGGUCCCAUGGGUGCACCCACCACUGCUCCGUGGAGAGGUACGAGCCCGAGCGGGACGAGUGGGCUCUGGUGGCGCCCAUGGGGACUCGGCGCAUCGGGGUGGGCGUAGCGGUGCUGAACCGGCUCCUGUACGCCGUGGGCGGCUUCGACGGCAGCGCCCGGCUGAGCUCGGCCGAGCGCUACCACCCCGAGAGGGACCUGUGGGACCCCAUCCCCCCCAUGGCCACCGUCCGCAGCGGCGCAGCGGAGCAGGUGGGGCUGGGGAGGGGGGGAGGUUUGGGGGUCCUGGGUGAGAUUUGA